AUCUAUGAGCUUUGCCUGAUAACAUUGAAUUAUUAAUUUCAUAAAUGAACACUAUUUCCAAGCAUUUAUGGCGCUGGCAGCACAGGUGCCUCGGACCAAAGCGUGUUAUCGUAAGUAAACAGUGAUUGCUUACGGUGCACGGCAGUUCAGUAACAACUUCUACAAUUUUUUACCUUUGAUCCUAUUUUCACCUAAGUGAGUUAUAAAAACCGUAUGCUUUUACUACUAUAUAUUCGUGCAUUUUCACUUGCAACACAAGCGGUUUUUUGUUAUCAAACUUACAUUCAUAGGUUAACAGACAAAAUUGUAUUCAAAUAAUGAAUAAUAAAUAAAAAAUUCUUUGCAACAUUUGUUUCAUUGAAUAGUUAAAUUUGUAUUUAUACAUUGUAAAGAAUUGCAUUCGAUUAUUCAAAAUAUGUAUGCAAUACGUGUCUAUUGUUUAUUUGUUAUUCAAAAUCUGUAUCUAGAUAAGAUAAUUUUGUCCAUCUCUGCUAUUAAUUAUCACUCACGUUUUAUAUCGUUCAUUUACACGUUGCUUAAACAAGUCUUUAUUUCCGAAUGGUAAUCAAAGUCAUACACACUGCACAUGUAUGUAUAAGUGUAUAACCCACGUAAGGGCUAAAAGUAUGACCUUAAUCGACAGAAAGGUUAUGUAGUUUUCAUUUGUCUUAAUCCGAAACUUUAGCUUCGUAGAAAUUAGUCUGAUAGUCAACGUGUUAAACUAUCGUAUUAAAUGACAAGACAUUCCAGUGAUACGAUAGCGAUGAGCAACGGUGAUCUAAUCUUUCUCGAGUAAAAUCAUUUGAAGAUAAGGGCUCCGACAUCGCAUAAACCGAUAAUUUAUUAUAUUAUAGAGAGUGAGUCACGGAAAUGAGAGUUUCUUGGUACAAACAUAAUCGUCAUAGUUUUGUUUCUCCCAAAGUCAUUCUUUUCUAUGUACAAGUAUAUUUCAACAACAAAAACAUGAUAAAUUAAAACUCUUUGGGCCCAAUACGUUAGGAGAAAGCAGGAACUUCCCACAAUGCCAUUUAUAACAUUAUUCACGACUUACCCUGUAUAUGUAUAGGGUGGUCACAUGCGUCGUACUAUAAAGAAAAAAAUUGUACAAGAAAUUACGAUACACUUUGGGCUCCAUAACAGCGCGCCAUAUCGAGGUUAUGUUUUAUAAUAGCACUUAAGACUGUUCACCGUCUUUUAUGUAGUUUUUCUUUACUACCACAUAUGUAUUUUGCUUUCUCCAUAAAUUCCAGUCCUAUCCUCUCACAACUACAUACGACAUAGCCGAUAAAAAGUCACUUCGAAUUUCAAAGAUUUUUUAUCGAUUGCUCCAUCGAUUCAGAUGGACAGAAUGUUUUCAUUACACCCUAUACAGGAUCAGCGCAAUGACACAUCCGUUCACGCAACGGCAUACUUGGAUGAUAAUAGGGUCUUACAUACAGGGUGUUGUUUUUACACCAUACGUAUCUAUAACACUGCUGCAUUUUUCUAAAAUACCAAAAAUAAGGCAAAUGUCCUGAUUAACAUUAAAUUUCUUCGGAAUAAUAUUUUUCAUAAAAGAAAAGUCUUUGAAAAUUUUAUGUAAAAGAUGAAAAUUUUGCAGGGACUGAUCUGGCAUUCAACGUCAUAUAAUUUAAAAAAAUAUCUUUUGCCUUGAAAAUUUAAAAUGUAACCCAGAUCUAUCUUUUCUCUAACGGUUUAUAUACCUCUAAAAAAAAAAAAAUAUUGAAAUGCUUGUGUUUGAGGAAACACACUGUAGAUCAUGCUCGAUCCAGCAAGUAUUUAUUAACGCGUGGGCGGUAGAUCGCAGCGCGUAUUUGCACGCGAGUUCAACAUUCACGUUUAGUAGUCGCUGGACGAUAGACUGGACUGGACUAAACAACGCUAUUGUCGUAAACAACUUUUCAAAACAAGCUACGUUAGUGCAGUGAACCUCAGUGAACCCUAUUUCGAUCGCUAUAAAUACAACACCAUCUUUAAAUACAGUCACAGUUUCAUCGAUGAAACUGUCACACGAUAUCGUACCAAUGUGAAAAUUAGUCGUUAAAGUAAGUGAUCGAUAGUGAACUAUGAAUAUUCCUAAAUAAGUUUUCAAAUUGGUUCAUAAUUGUGAUUGAAUUAGAAUAUUAAAAUUGGAUGAAAUUUGAUAUUGAUCGCAUCCUUUGAUUACGUACUUCGUCAUCGAAUUGCUUAAUUAUCAACAUGCACAUAUCGAUAUCGUUCCCAUCGCUAGCUACAGGGUGUCGGCCCAUGCGCGUGAGUAGUGAAUCGUGAUCCACGUAAAUUUCGUAAACCCACGUGUAGCAACUUCACGAUACUCGCUUAGCGUUCCUUUCCACAAUCGUACACCAACUGUUCUUUCCUACUACGUCUAUCUCAUUGUAUCUCUGCUCAAUGAACGUAUACGUCUGUCCGUAAAGUUUUACUUUCGCAACGCCUUUCCCUUUUCCUGUGGUUGGUCGAGAGUUUCUUGGAAGACCAAGUUCUCCACUUUUACGCGCGCAUUGGGAAGUGUCACGCGUCUCUACGCACACACGAGCAAACCAACAGCAAACCAAUGAAACCAAGCCUGUCUCACUCUCUCGUUGCAGCUAAACGUUAGUCUGCACGCGGUAAGAUGGCCGUGUACAGGCUGCGCUCAUCGUUUGGUCGCGUCUGUUUUUCUCUGUACUUUCUUACGGUCGCAGUGCUGUGUCAGGAGCAACUAUCGUCUGGUAGUCGAUACUAUAGUCGUGAUGGUGUCUACGUGCCAACGAACGGGACGGAUUAUCGGACCGACACGUAUAUUUACAAGGACAGGAGGUACGGUUACCGUCCCAGUUACCUGGAUCCUGUUUACAGAGGACACAUCAAACCAACGGACGAUCGGUAUCACCGCCAGGACACACCUGCAAGACUUCCUCUGCCUGGAAUACUAGGUGGCUGGCGAGAAGAUCUACAAGGAAGAGAACGGCCAGAUUCAAAAAAUUUACCUAGAGACGUAACAGUUGACACAAAUUAUGGACAAAUACAAGGAUUCAAGGUGUAUUUAUAUGAUGAUCCGCAAGCAAGACACAGACCUUGGAGUUUGCCAGUUGAAAGAGUUACAAAACAUGUUAACGUAUUUCUGGGUAUUCCUUAUGCCAUGCCACCUAUUAGGGAGGGUCGUUUCAAGCCUCCCAGACCUCACAGAGGUUGGCAGUUAAUGCAAGCUGUCGAUUGGGGUCCAGCAUGUCCUCAACCUAGUGCAUAUACUGGUGCCACUAAAGGAAUCAGAGAUGUAGACGAAGAUUGUCUAUAUUUAAAUAUUUUUACACCAAAUAUUGAUUCUGGACUUGCUCAACCAUAUGCUGUAAUGUUUUACAUUCAUGGUGGAGAAUUUACUCACGGAGCUAGUAACUUAUUCCCUGCUCAUAUGUUGGCUGCAUUUUACAAUGUAGUAGUUGUAUCUAUUAAUUAUCGAUUGGGAGCAUUAGGAUUUCUGAGUACAGGAGACGAGAACAGUCCUGGAAACUAUGGAAUUCUAGAUCAAGCUAUGGCACUACAAUGGGUGUAUGAUAAUAUUAGGGCUUUCAAUGGUAAUCCAGAAGCAAUAACACUUUUUGGACCUGGUGCUGGUGCAGCAAGUGCUGGACUGCUAAUGGUUUCACCUAGAACCAGUGAAAUGGUAUCCAAAGUAAUAGCUCAAUCAGGUUCUGCAUUGGCAGACUGGGCAGUUAUAAUAGACAAAUACAGAGCACAGAAUACAUCCAGAGUAUAUGCUGAAAUGUUGGGCUGUAGUAUAGAAAGCAGUUGGAAAUUGGUGCAGUGUUUGAAAGAUGGUCGAAGUUUUCUAGAAUUGGGUAAUUCUGAAUUGAAGCCACAUAUUGGAAUGUUUCCAUGGGCUCCUGUGUUAGACGUUAAUUUCACUGUACCAAGCGAUAAUUGGUUUGAAGACUGGAGAGCAUCUGAUUGGCGUUUCUUUCUUGAAACACCAGAAAAUAGUAUUAAAAAUUAUAAAUUCAAACAGAACUUGGCAUACAUGGCUGGUGUAACUACUCAAGAGGCAUCAUAUAUUAUAUAUAACAAUGUUACACUGGCAAGGAAUCAAUAUGUAAUAGAUCCAGAAUUAUUCGAUCAAAAAAUUUGGGAACUCGUUCUUAGGUACAAUUACACCCUCAAUCCUCAAGGCGUUUAUGAAGCUAUAAAGUAUAUGUACACAUAUUGGCCUGAUCCAAAAAAUAUUACACACAUUCGCGAUCAGUACAUCAAUCUAUUAUCAGAUUUUCAUUACGUGGCUCCUUUUGACAAAAUUGCAAAGUUAUUGGUAGAGAGACACGUACCUACUUAUUUGUACGUGUUAAAUACUACCAUAGAAGCACUAAAAUUGCCACAGUGGCGUAGAGUACCUCACGAUACUGAACUUCUUUGGCUGACUGGCGCACCUUUCAUGGAUAUCGAAUUUUUUCCUCAGAAAUGGAAAUUGAAGCGAGACAUGUGGACAGACAACGAUCGCAAUAUGAGUCACUUCUUCAUGAAAGCGUUUUCCAAUUUUGCAACCUAUGGAAAUCCAACCCCGUCGCAAAUUGUGGGGUUACACUUCGAUGUUGCUAGGCAAGGGCAAUUACGCUAUCUGAACAUUAAUACUACUUUCAACAGUUCAAUUUUAUUCAAUUAUCGACAAACUGAAAGUGCAUUUUGGUCCGUUUACUUGCCAACUGUUAUUGGUCGUUUAGUGCCUACGUAUCCUCCAGUUACCGAAUAUUGGUGGGAACCGAAGCAGCCUUUGCAAAUUGCGUUUUGGUCAGUUUCUACCGCGUGUCUGCUGUUGAUUGUACUAUCCGUUGUGUGCUGCAUGCUUUGGCGCAAUGCCAAGAGACAAUCUGAUCACUACUAUAGCGGGGACAUCUUGAUGGUACGAGACGAUGAGCCCUCGGAGGGAAUCGAGAAUCUGACUCGUCCCUCGAAGGAAAACCUUUACGAAUAUCGCGAUGCACCAAAUGUCAGAUCCAGAAUGCCGCGACAAAAUGAAUCGAAGCUUCAAGAACGAUUAACACAGAACAGGAAGUUCAGUUCAACCCCGUCCCUCAGAAGCAACUCCAAUAUAUCUUUGAAGGACAUGCGCUCCGACGGAUUUGUUACCAGCUCACCCAACGGUCAUCCCAAGAUAAACAAAGCGAUGAGUCAAACUUCGUUAUCUAAAAGCAAAAGCAAGACACAGCUAGUCCAAGGUGUUCCACAGACGGCUGUAUGAUAGCCUUUUAUCGUGUGUAAUUGGACGUACUUUUCGAAACUAGUACAAUGGAUGUCAAUUUAUAUGAAACAAAACUCUAGUAGAGUGAUGCUGAUCGUUUUGUAAACGAUUACAAAAUUUUCGGAAACCGUGAUUCUUUAUUUAUAUAAGGAAUACGUGGAAACUUUACUAACGAUCGAAAAACUUAGAACGAACAAAAAAAUAAUAAUUUUGAACACAAAGCUGUAAUCAUCUGCAUUGGUUACAAUUUCCCGAAAGGUUAAGAAAUAUCCCGUGUGUACGGGAUCAAAAAAAAAUGCGCGAACGACUGAAUUUAAUUAAUAUUUUAAGUUUCAGCUAAAUAUUUAAUCCGUCCAUAGAAAUGUCGUUGUUACGCGUAUGUAAAAACUUCUAUUUUUUAUCUAACACUGUACAUAUCGAUACUUAUUUUAUACCUUUUUUACAUUGAUUUUAUUCUUAUAAGGAUCGUCGUUGUGCCUCGUAGAAUAUAUAAAUGUUUUUUAAGGAGAACAAUACACGCCACAAUAGUAAUAUAUUAUACAAUAAUACAAGUCACGUCCGUGUAACUUUAAGAAUCAAUUCAAUAGCCAUAGGUUUAAUAAAGUAUGGGAUUUUAUAUCUCUUUUCACUACGAAAGAGGUAUCAGUGGCGCGUUAUACUUCAUGGGACUUCAACUGAAAUACAAUAUCAACGUCCCGUCUAAAGAAAAAACGAAGAACUUUAAUAUAAAAUAAAUAUUUAAUCCAGCCUAAUGAUUCAAAAUACUUCGGCAGGUGGUUUCUCUGUUUAGUAGGUUAACGCGUCACUGCACACUACUACAUAUCUAAACGGUGUAUUUCUAUACACCAUCGUUUAUAGUAUUAUUAAAGAACACGCGUAAUUUGUAGUUGAACCGAUCUCAUUAUUCUCAUUGUCAUAAUUUCAUUGACAUAGGUUCACAGUUUAACCAUUUGUAGUACCUAAUUAUACAGAUGUAUAUUGUUAUAUCUUGCGAGAGAUUUUAUAUAUUUUGUCUAGCAUAUAAGGCGCAUUCCGUACUAAGCAAAUUUAAUUGUAUUUAACUAGUGUAUUCGGUACCUUUUACACAUAAAUUGACGCUCUUACCAUAUUAAUCUUUAU